AUGGAGGUGCUGCUAUUGCUGGAGGUACUAGAGGUACUGCUGGUGCUGGAGGUGCUGGAGGUACUGCUGGAGGUGCUGCUGGUCCUGGAGGUACUAGAGGUGCUGCUGGUGCUGGAGGUGCUGGAGCUGCUAAUCCUGGAGGUCCUGGAGGUGCUGCUAGUGCUGGAGGUGUCGGAGCUCCUAGUCCUGGAGGUGCUACUAGUGCUGGAGAUGCUGGAGCUGCUAGUCCUGGAGGUCCAACUGGUGCUGGAGGUGCUUGUGCUGCUGGUGCUGGAGGCGCUGGGGCUAGAGGUACUGGAGGUGCUAGAGCUGCUGGUCCUGGAGGUGCUCGUACUGGAGGUACUGGAGCUGCCGGAGCUGGUGGUGCUUCUGCUGUUGGAGGUGCUACUGGUGCUGGAGGCGCUGGAGCUGGAGGUACUAGAGGUGCUGGAGCUGCCGGAGCAGGUGGUGGUGGUGGUGUUGGAGGUGCUGGAGGUGCUAUUGGAGCUGCUAGCACUGGAGGUGCUGGAGGUACUGCUGGUGCUGGAGGCGCUGGAGCUGGAGGUACUAGAGGUACUGGAGGUGCUGGAGCUGCUGGUCCUGGAGGUGCUCGUACUAGAGGUGCUGGAGCUGCCGGAGCAGGUGGUGCUGCUGGUGCUGGAGGUGCUAGAGAUGCGACUGGAGCUGCUGGUGCUGGAGGUGCUCGAGCUGCUGGUACUGGCCUGCGCCGACUGUUUUUCUACCUGCAGUGGUAGUCGUCCCUGCCGCCGCAUGACUCGGCCCUUCGCCAGGUUCUUAGUCUUCGUUUCCACUGGCCUCACUCCACCUAUCCUGUGUCCACCGACAGACCAGUCUCAGCCACAACUACUGCCUGUCUCCCCGCUGCCUGCUCCUGCUCCUCACACUGAGCAUUUUGUUCUGCCAGAGCCUCCCGCGUCCUCUCUUCCACACGUUCCUAACCCUGAGUCUGACCUUGCUCGUGCUUCCAGUCCUACUGUCUCUCGUCUCCUCGCUACUGUCGUCACUGACCCUGACUUUGAGUCUACUACUGCGUUUGCCCUAGUCACUGAGCUAGUCGACUUUGCAACUAGGAGUCGUCUCGACUACGUCGCGAGUCUUGUUACUGAGUCUGACUUUGACUGUCCUCCAUUCGUCGGGGGUGAGCCUGCCCUUGGCAGUGACGUCCUUGAGGACAGGCAGUUUCAGCUUGAGUGUCUUGCGACCGCUUUACCUCGUUUCGCAUCCAUGGUACUUUGCCCUGAGGGAGACCCGGAUGCACUGGACAUCCUGACCCCGCGCUCUUACGCUGAGGCGAUCGCGGGUGAGUACUCCUCUCAGUGGCAGACAGCCAUGGAUGCAAAGAUGGCUUCCUGGAAGUCCACAUGCACCUACGUCGACGAGGUUCCUCCUUCUGGGGCGAACAUAGCCGAUGCCAUGUGGAUGUUCAGAGUGAUUCGGCCGCCGUGUUCUCCGCCUGCCUUCAAGGCGCGUUACGUUGCUCGAGGCUUCAAUCAGCGACUGGGGGUCGACUUCUUCCAGACCUUCUCCCCCACCCCAAAGAUGACUACUCUUCAGGUAUUGCUACACGUUGCAGCACAACAUGACUACGAGCUGCACUCCCUCGACUUCUCGACAACUUUCUUGCAGGGCAGCCUUCACGAGGAGAUCUGGUUGCGCCGCCCACUUGGCUUCACUGGGUCGUUUCCUGCGGGUACCCAGUGGAGCCUCCGGCGACCAGUCUACGGUCUUCGCCAGGCGCCCCGCGAGUAG